AUGUCGGAGAUGACGUGUCUAACCCAGACGACGACGACAACCGCCAAGAGCCUCAAGGGGAAAGAAAUCGCUGCUGGAGCGCUGAGGCGGGUGCAGGGCGCGGUGAUCGGAGGGGACAGGUUGAUCGGAGUCUGCCGCAUCUCGUCGAGCGAGCUGAGAGGGCUCGGGUCGUCCACGGUGCCGGCGGACCUGAAGCUGAGGGACCCCAGGGGCUCGUGGUGGGGCAGCAGCAGGGGUACCAUCCGCAUCGCCGUGAGCCUGGAAAGGCUGCAGGCGAACAUAAUCCGAGCCGCGUUGCCCCCGAAGAGAGCGUCGGUCCUGGGGGUACCGGAGGGGGUGACGCGGACGGCGUCCAGCGAGGCGAAGGGGGAGGAGGCCGCCCCUCCCACGGAGCUUUCCUGCAAGGUUCUGUGGAACGGGCACGACUUUUCUAGCCCCAGCCGGUGGGACAAGGUGUUCUGCAUGACGCUCGCCAACAACCAGUUGUGGCUGGACAUCAGCGCCGCGAGACCCGCGGCAAGGCGGGAGCAGCGCCGGCGGGCGGCGGUGGUGGAGAACACCUGGGCCGGGAGCCGGAGCUGCAUCCUGACGGUGGGGCUGGCGUAUCACCUGAGCACGUUCGACGCCCAGGGAUUGGCCGACAUGCUCAACUCGGAGGAGACGUCUACGGAGAGGAUGGCAGGGACAAAGGAGUGGCACGAUAAGGGAUUCCGACUGCACUGGGAUCCAGUCCGAAGAAGAUUCACUAUUCUCAACGUCUCCAGGAGGAGCUUCGUGCUGAGGGGUGGCUGCAGCUCGUUGGCUACUGCUCUCCUCGGCUUCCGCGAAAAAGACCACUUCUCGAAACCGGUGGCGGAGGCCGUUCUCGACCCUCAACACCCCAGCGACCCACCCCGACGGCACAUGGGUAUCACCGGUGACACGGUGCCCCUGCCUUUGCUACGGCCACACUGGAUGCGCAUCGUGUGGGGCCCCCCUGCGAUGGAGAUCACACGGGGAGGGGAGCUUCGCGUACAGGUGUGGUCCAGGCAACCGACGGGGCCCAUCCUUCGAUCGCAGCAACGCCGGAGACGACGGAGAUCGGCCAUAGGCUGCGCCGGCCAGAGCGAAGAUGGUUCUUCACUCGUUGGGACAGCGGUCCUUGAUUCUGCGGAAACCUAG